AUUUCUACAUGACCUCACUUUUUUACAUCCCAAACCAAUCGGCCAGCCAUAACUCCCCACCACUCCAUUUCUUCCGUUCAAAAUCAAUCGGCCAGGCUAACUCUCCAACCAACCACAUCUAAAACCUCACAGCCCGGUCAAACUUUUGCAACGCCACCGUAAUCAACCGCCUCGCUGCAUCGUAAGCCUCGUCUGCCGCUCUAAUCUCAUCAAAAACGGAACAACGUUGUAAAUAUCUGAGGAAAUUUGAGUAUUACUUUUGUUCAGAAACAUGAUCUAGCAUCUAAUGGAAAACUACGAGUUUGAAGAUGUUUCAUUGCCCACAUGCUUCAUUCCGAUGUUUCAUUCCGAUGUAGUCGUUGUUUUGCUCUGGUCUUGCUAUACCCGUGAGUUUAAAUAAAAGAGACCGCAUGCUUAGCAUUUUGAGAGAGUUUUUAUUCACUUUGCUGCGUGAGCUUGUAGAUGCGAGUGAAUGUGAGAAUUGCAUAGCAUUAAUCUUGCUUUUGUUAGGAUCGUAUUCCGUCUCCGGCUCAGGUCUAUUCCACUAUACUCACAUACAUCACGUUAGGGGAGGCUAUAACACACCUAUUCUCUUUACUCUCUUCUUCUAACCACAAAGGAACUCUCAAGCAAGGAGGAAGAAGGAAGACACCGCUCUCAAAGGUUCUGCAGGCUUAAUUCAAAGGCAAGAGAGUGUUGUCUUUAUAAUAGGCAUCUUGCCCAUUAGGCACUCACGAGUGAACAAAGACAGAAGCUCACGGGUAUAGCAAGACAAGGGGUAGGUACUGCAGCGGACAACACAAGGGGCCAAAGCCAGGUAAUUAAGGAGUCAACAGGUAUAUUAUUGAUCAGGUAAUAUACCAAGGUAAAAGUACCAAAGUGGGAGUAAAACAUAGGGUGCAAGCCUCAGCAAAUAAAGUGGAAGGGAGGCCUUGGUACGACCAAUACCUCCAACAUUCUCCACCUUAUUGGUCCUAGGUGGUGUAGAGUAACAAUACAAGGUUGUGACAAGACUCAUCAUCGCCGGGUCACCCGGAAUAUCAACAGAUAAAACGGGCAAACACUUUAUUAGGCAACCCACAGUUAUCCACAAUCAAAGUUUAAUACGCGUUUACAGGACAAGUGCUUCUCAGCAGAAAGACACUUGGUACCCAUAUCCGCGGGAUUAAACUCGGACGGGAUCUUGCACAGCUUGACUCCACCUGCAUCAACAAUAUCACGUAUUAAAUGGAACCUAACAUCAAUAUGCUUAGUUCUAUCAUGAAAUACAGGAUUUUUGCAAAGUUGGAUAGCCGAUUGGCUAUCCGAGAAAAUGGUAACUCCCUGUUUGAGAAACCCAAUUUCGGAGACAAGGCGUUUGAGCCAGAUGGCUUCCUUAAACGCUUCUGUGGCUGUAACAUACUCAGAUUCAGUGGUAGAAAGGGCCACAAUAGUCUGUAGUUGAGACUUCCAACUUAUGCAAGAGUCACACAAAGUUAAAACAUAAGAAGUGGUCGCUUCCUGUUAUCUCUAUCAUUUGCAUAGUUAGAAUCAACAUAAUCAAUCAAUUCAAUACCACUAGCACAUUUAGAGAAAACUAAUCCAUGCUUCACAGUAGAUAUCAGAUAUCUAAGCAAUCACUUAAAAGCAUUCCAAUGAGGCAAACCAGGGUUGGACAUAUAUCUACUCAAGCAACUAACCGCAUAUGCAAUAUCAGGUCUAAUGCUAACCAUAAGAUACAUAACCGACCCUAUUGCGCUGGAAUAGGGCACAAAUUUCAUUUUCUCAAUUUCAGGGACAGUCUUGGGAGACUAGUCCUUACUUAACACAAAGUGAGAUGCCAUAGGCACAUUGACAGGAGAAGCAGAUAACAUAUUGAUUUUACUCAAAACUUUUUCAAUGUAAGAAAUCUGAUUCAAAGUAAGAGUACGCUUACUCCUAUCCCUAACAAUGUUUAUGCCUAGGAUCUUCUUAGCAUCACCUAGGUCUUUCAUGGCAAAAUUCGCACAAAGACAUUUUUGCACAUCUUUAAUAUCAUUCAGAGAAGGACUAAUUAUCAGCAUGUCAUCCACAUAGAGUAACAAAAAUACAGGCACAGAAGAAGUAUUCUUGAAAUACAGGCAAUGAUCACAAACAGAUUUUUGGAACUUCAAAGAUAUCAUGCAUUUAUCAAAUUUGAUGUUCCACUGUCUAGGGGAUUGCUUCAGGCCAUACAACGCCUUCCUAAACAAACAGACAUGCUCACUUCUCUUGGGAUCCACAAAGCCCUCAGGCUGGGUCAUAUAAAUUGUUUUGACCAAUUCACCAUGCAAAAAUGCAGUAGUUACAUCUAUUUGUUUCAUUUCCCAGUCAUGAUGAGCAACUAAAGCAAGCAUCAUACGAACAACAUGAGCAAAGAUUUCAGCAUAAUCUACCCCCUCUUUUUGAGUAAACCCCUUCGCAACCAACCUAGCCUUAAACCUAACAUCACUAGGUUCUUCCUUAACCUUAAACAACCACAUACACUCAACUACCGAACAGUUAUGGGGUCUAGGUACAAGGGUCCAAGUCUGGUUCAUUCUCAAAGAGUCCAUCUCACUUUUCAUGGCACUAAUCUAUUUCUGAGACUCUUUGGAACCUAAGGCUUCACGGUAGGUCUUGGGUUCAUUCAGCUCUAGGGAUUCAAACACAGAAAAUGCAAACAUAGAAGUAUCAUGCACAAUGAAAGCAUAAUCAGGCAUACUAUCAGCAGUUCUCCUAAUAGCCCUUCUACUCCUAUCUCUAGCAAGUUGAUAAUCAUGCAAAUUAUCACUACUAGGCUCCACAUGCAACUCAUGUAAAUUAUUGUUGUCAUGAAAAUCAGAUUCAGCACCCAUAUCAUGCGAAUCAUGCUCAGUAUCAUGCAAAUGCUCCACCUCACUCGAGGUGGUGGGACUAUCAUGCUCAGAGGAAUCAGAAUCAUGCAUAACAAUAUCAUCGGUAAUAACAGGAUCAACAGAUAAAGGACUAGCAGCAACAGGGACAGACUCCACAUCACUAGGAGUAGUAUCAGACCUAGACUCAGGAUUAGAAACAGACUCGGUCAAGCAAGGAAAAUCAGUUUCAUUAAACAUCACAUUUCUGCUAAUGACCACCUUAAAGCCUACCUGGUUCUUAUCCCAUAACCUGUAACCCUUUAUCCCCUCUGGAUAACCUAGGAAGACACAUUUCUUAGACCUAGGAUCCAACUUGUCACCCUGUUGAUGUGCAUACGCUGCACAACCAAACACCCGAAGGUUAGACAGAUCAAGAGGCUUACCGGUAAAGACGGCUUCAGGACACUUACCACCAAGAGGGACAAACGAAGACCUAUUAACCAAAUAGGCAGUAGUAGUAACUGCUUCACCCCAAAAUUUCUUAGACAAAUCAGAGGUAGCUAACAUGCUUCUAACCUUAUCCAACAGAGACCUAUUCAUUCUCUCUGCUAUCCCAUUCUGUUGGGGAGUAUAAGGCACACUUUUGUGCCUUUUUAUCCCACAAUCCACACACAGCUUAUCCAUCUCCUUAUUACAGAACUCUAACCCGUUAUCGGUCCUAAGGGUUUUAACCUUCCUGCCAGUUUGGUUUUCAACUAGGGGUUUCCACUCCCUAAACCUCACAAACACAUCAGACUUGUGUUCUAAAAAGCAAACCCACACCUUCCUAGAAAAGUCAUCAAUAAUAGAAAUAUUUCCUACCCCCCUGGGUAGGAACACUGGCAGGACACUUAGACAGAUUAGGGUAAGAGGAUGGAGGGAAGCUGACUCUAUGCUGCUUGCCUAACACACAAGAUUCACAGAAAGGCACAGAAGUCACAAAGUCCUUACCAAAAUAACUAGCCCUACACAUGACAUCUAAACCCUUAUUGCUCAUAUGUCCUAGCCUAUUAUGCCACAAAGAGGUCUUAUCAGAACAUACAACAUUCACAGACUCAACAAAAGGUUUAGCAUGACACACAUAAAGGUUAUUCAGCUUCUCAGCUUUAAACAACACAAGAGAAAUUUUCAAGAUUUUCAUGCAACCAUUUCCCCACUUUCCAUGUAAACCACUACUCUCCAAAGCAUCAAUAUAUAACAAGUUAUGACACAAAUCAGGGACAUGCCUCACAUUCUUAAUGGUAAACACAGAGCCACAAGAAAACUUCAGACAUAUAUCACCAACACCAAGCACAUUGCAUCUCUUAUUAUCAGCUAAGGAAACAUAGCCACUAUCACUUAAUUCAUAUGAAGAAAACAAAUCUCUAAAGGGGGACAUGUGAUAGGUACAACCAGAGUCAAUCAACCAUUCAUGCUCAGACAAGGAAUUUCUCACAGAAUUAACAUGAUCACAAACCAUCAAAAUGUCACCAAGGUCACAUCUAUCAACAACAACACUAGCAUGCUCGGUCUUCUUAGGGUUAGGGCAAUCCUUAAUGAAAUGGCCAGCGUUACCACAAUUGUAACACACUCUCUUCCUAGAUUUGCUCCUCUUUCUCCCAGGCUGACUAGUGUUCUUACUUUGACUAUUUUGCUUAGAGUUCUUAGACCUACCCUUAGAUUUACCUCUAACAAACAUAGCCUCACCGGAGUCCCUGGAUUGACUAGCACUACCCCUAGCAUGCUUCAGGUCUAAUUCCUUACUCCUUAAUCCAUUAACAACAAUAUCUAACGAAAUAUCAUCCCCACCAUAUUUAAUAGCGGACUUAACAUCAUUAUAAGAGUCGGGAAUGACAUUAAGUAACACUAUGGGAGUAUAAUCAUCUAUGUGUUUAUCACUUGCCUGUUUGAUAUUCUGUAUCAGUUUAUUAAACACAUCCAGGUUCUCAUCUAUAUCCUUAGUCAGGUCAAGCCUAAAUCUAAAGAAUUUCUCAAGUAAAAACAACUUCCCGGGCAAAGAGGUAUCAGUAUAGAGACUAUCCAAUUUCUCCCACAAAGCCUAAGCGGAUUCAAUAAUACCCACUUUCCUAAGAACAGAAUCAGACAGAUUCAAGUAAAUGGUAGAGCAAGCAGUUUCAUUCAUUUCAGUUUGCUUAGCCUUAUCUUCUGAUUCAAGGAAAAUACCAGUGACAGCUCUGAAAACCUUUUGUUGUAUUAAAACACACUUAAUUUUCUGUUUCCAAAUAUCAAAAUCUGUUUUUCCAUUAAAUGGAAGCAUACCAUACUGAUUAGCAGCCAUGGUAUCAACCAAAAAACAACACAAAGCUAAACAGACAAUUUUGACAGAAAAUAAAUCAACCCGGGCUAUAAAGUAUUCACUUUAAUAACCACGGGCAGCAUGCAACAAAUAGCAAUUUUAGACAGUUUGGCACAUAAACAACUUCGGGCAGCAAUUAGGAUUAAUUAAUUCUACCCCUAACACCCAAUAAACCACCCCUACACACAAGAAUUGAAAUUAACAACACUUUGCAAUUCAAUUUAUACAACUAAACAAUCUGCCACAAAGGAUAGGGUUUAGAAUCUGCCGGCGACCUGCGGGGAGGGGGAAUAAAUUAAAUCCGGAGGCACCCGAUGCACCUAGGGUGUUUAUCGCCAAUUUACCUUAGCGAAACCCAAGGAGAGGGUUUCGACCUUACCUACCCAAUUAAAAAAUUAGGAUUUUCGAACCGUUGACUGAGUUUGACCGGCGUUGACCGAAGUUGACCAGCGUUGACCGGCGGUGACCGGCGGUCCAGCACCUCCAGCAAUCCUGGUCAGCAACUCCAGCUCCAGCCCAACAGCAAAGUAGCAGUCCAGCUCCCAGCCCAAGACAGCAGCCCCAACACUACACAAAAGAACAGCCCAGGUCCAGAGGCCCAAAAAAAGGAACCCAAGUCCAAGUGUCUGCGUUCUCUCUGCUUCAUCUCAGUCUUCUGCGACCAGAGCGACGAACGAGCUCCAGGCCUUUUGCGAACGGCGAACACUCAGACGGCGAAGGCUUCGGCAACGACGGCUCCAGCGGACAGAUCUCCAAGGGGUGAUUCCUAGGCAGACAAGGCUUCAGCGGUGACCUCGGCCUACGAGCUCUAAAAUCCACGGCGUGUUCCGGACGGCGGGGACGGCAGACGGCGAACUCGCUCUGAUACCACUGUUAGGAUCGUAUUCCGUCUCCGGCUCAGGUCAAUUCCACUAUACUCACAUACACCACGUUAGGGGAGGCUAGCACACCUAUUCUCUUUACUCUCUUCUUCUAACCACAAAGGAACUCUCAAGCAAGGAGGAAGAAGGAAGACACUGCUCUCAAAGGUUCUGCAGGCUUAACUCAAAGGCAAGGGAGUGUUUACUUUAUAAUAGGCAUCUUGCCCAUUAGGCACUCACGGGUGAACAAAGACAGAAGCUCACGGGUAUAGCAAGACAAGGGGCAGGUACUGCAGCGGACAAAACAAGGGGCCAAAGCCAGGUAAUUAAGGAGUCAACAGGUAUAUUAUUGAUCAGGUAAUAUACCAAGGUAAAAGUACCAAAGUGGGAGUAAAACAUAGGGUGCAAGCCUCAACAAAUAAAGUGGAAGGGAGGCCUUGGUGGGACCAAUACCUCCAACAACUUUUAUAGGUGCAAACCGUAUGGACAUCUCAUCUACAUCACUAUUCACACCUCCAAAUCACCCAAUUGAAAUAGCCUCAACACUAUUCUCUUUAGAUUUGAAAUCAAAACAGUAGGACCCAUUAAAAAUUCUCACGCGGGCUGCUUGUGAGGAACGGAAUUGCAUUGUUUAAUAGGUAAUGGAUGAUGAUUCACUUGAUGGUUACGUUUCCAAGCGGGAACACUAUUCCAAAAUUUCUUUUGCUUUUAUUUAUUAAUAGAUUUUUAACUUUCUUUCGUCAUUAUUAUAUUAUUCCAAGAUAGUUAGGUAUGUAAUUCGCAACUAUAAUUUCUAAACAAAAUAAUUAUUCCAUAUUAUAUUGUAAAAUAGCGAUUAAUUAAUUAAUAAAAUUAAGUUUUUAAAAUUAUUCAAUCGAAAAUUAGUGGUUCAUUAUUAUCAAUUCGGAAAUUUAAAAUUAAUUAGGUAAUUCGAAAAUUGAAAAUUAUUUAAAUUUUAAAUAAUUCAAAAUGUAACAUUAUUUAAAAUUCGGAUUUUAGUUUUUUAACAUUAUUUGUUAUUAGUUUUUUAACAUUACAAAAUUUUAAUAAUUCGAAAUUUAAUAAACAAGAACAUGAAUUUAUUUAUUAAAUUUAAAAACUAAGUAGAAAACACACAAUUUUUUAUCAUUUAUUACAUUCAACAACUCACAAUACAAAUAAACAAAUAAACACAAUAUUAUUCAUUAGCGUCAAAGCUUUCAUCUAGAGGUCUAUCAAAUAGCUCGUUAAUUCUUUCUGCAGCUUCCGCGUUUAUAGGUGUCAUAUACUCCAAACAUUGUUCUGCACGAAAAAGUGCCCUACUCAAGUUUUUCCCUCGUGAAACGUUGUAUGAGUCUGAUUCAUAGUCUACAAUAUCGCCAAAGCUUUCAAGCGGUCUACUCAUCAGCUCGCGGAUGCUUUGAACUGCUUCUGCAUUUCGAGGCUUCAUCAACUGUGUAACUUGUUUUAAUCGUUGUACACUUCUACUGAUCAACUUCCACACAUCUGGUUCUGGAUUAGCCAUUUUUUCGCACUGAAAAUUGGGGCUCAAAGCACAUAUUUAUACUUAAAUUUGUCACGGAUAGGUCCGUGACAAUUAAGGUACCUGACGUCUCGCCUGAAAAAGGCUGAAAAGCUUUAAUAUUCCCUGGAACGGUCAUCCUGCCGCUUCUGCUGCCUCGUCUGCCGUUCCCUGACGCCUCGACUGCUGUCCCUCAGUAUUGAAUUUCCGAUGAUGUUGUCAUGGAUUAAUUCGUGACAAAUUCAAAAUUCAAAAUUCGUAUUUAAUUUGUCCCGGGUGUUGUCACAGAUCCAUCCGUGACAACCCCUAAUAUAUAAACAACACUUCGCCAUUUUUUCAUUACGCUCCCAAACCCUAACCCUUCUCCCCUCCCAACCGUUCAGUCUUCUCUUACAGACUGCCACCGCCACAGCCACCGUUCUGCCUUCUCUUACACCUGCCGACCGCCACCGCACACAACCCUCCACCGCAGUCCAUCUCCGCCUAACACUUCUCCCUCUACUCUUACAUGCCGACCGUCACCGCACACGUACAACUCUCCACCGCGGUUCAUCUCCGCCUCUGCCACCGUUCUUCGAAGCCUUCACUCCUCUCCAUUUCUUGCCUUCUCCUCCUUCAUUGAGAUGAGUGAGCACGAACGUCGCCGUUCCACCUCUGCUCGUCGUGGGCGCCAGAAUUCACGACGGGCCUCAAACGCUGAUCGUGAUAUCAAUGAUGAUAUCAAUGCCGAUGAAGGAUAUGCUCAUGACGGACAUGUCCAAACUCCUCCCUCUGAACAAUCAAACGCUCAUAUAAGCGUGCAUGGGGAGGGGGCAUCAACCUCCCAUGCACCUCCUCCAUCUCGUGCAAUAUAUGCCCCCCAACUCAAGAAGAGCGCCACAAUCCCGGUUCGCUUGAGGUGACACCUCAAUCAAUCCAUAGCGAUCCCGAGGUCUUGAAUAGAAUCAAGGCUAUUGUUUGUGGUCAUUUCACGGAGCCUUGGUCGACUUAUGGUGAGGUUCCGGCGGCCACUCGUGAACUAUGGUGGCGGUUGUUCAAGGCUUCCCAUCGGUGGCAUUUUGCCCUAGAUCAAGCUAUUCUCAAAGAAUACAAUUCUAGGAUCUCGGGGUGGUUGAGAUCCACCUUUAGGACUGCUCGGUCUACCGGUCGAAAGCCAAGAUUCCUUGGCGAUGAUGUGUGGGAGAUGCUUUGCCGCCAUUGGGCCACGGAUCCCGCAUUUAUGCUGAGAAGCGAAACAGCCAAGGCCAACCGGAACUCGGAAAAAGCCAAGGAAGUUCAAUGGCACGGGGGCCGCAAACCCCAAAUUCAACAUAAAAAAGAUCUGGAAGGAUAUGGACCCGUGAAAAAAAGGGUCACGCCAUUGAAACUCAUGGCACAUUGUUGGACGAAGAAGGGUGCUGUAACGCCGCCUUUCUGAAAUUGAAGUAAAUAAUGAAACUUCAAUAAUUCAAUAAAUUUAGAUUUUUUUUGAUCUCUUAUAUAAUAAAUUAUUGAACUAGUAGAAAAAAUAUGAGUAAGAGCGGGGGAAGAGAGUUGAUGAGCUAGGUGAUUCUGAUGCCGAACUUGAUGAAAAUUAAGAUGAUGAGGCCAUCUUGGCGGCAACCGGAGUUUACAACGGCCGGGUGCUGCUCAUGGAUUUUGAUGGCUUACGGAUCCUGGAGAGCUCCAAAGGAGCUAGCUCAUCUUCUCAUUCGGCGUAUGAUGAUCGGGUUACCCGCCUCGAGAAACAAUUGGAGGAACGUGAAGCAGAGGCUCGAAGGCGGGAUGAAGAAGCUCGGAUACGGGAUGAAGAGACAAGAAGAACGAGAGAAAGGUUGGAAGAGAUGGAACGAUAAAUGCGUAUGUUCAACGCCACUUACCGCCCAUCCAUGCACAUACAGCACCCCGAGAUUACCCCACAAAUUCCCUUUGCGUGCAAUAUGGGCAGUAGGGGUUUUGCUAAUUAUAGCCAUAUCUCCAACAAUUUUCCAUAUGCAUAUUAUGAUGAUACCCCAUUAUUGACUCUCGGAGUUCAAGCAUGCCGUGGCAUCAGCCAGGCUGGCAGCCGUGGUGGCAGUCGAGGCAGCCAUCGUGGCGGCAGCCGUGGCCACGGAAGGCAACCCGAUCAUCACGAGGAACCUAAUGAUGAUGAUGAUGAUUAUGAUGAUCAUUGAUGGUUUGUAAUAACUAGUUUAUUGACAUUUUAAUGAUUUUUAAAUUUUGAUGGUUACUGUACGAAUAUUAAUUAUUUGUGUUAUAUAAUGAUGGUUUGAUUGGUUAAUUAUUUAUUAUGAUAAAUAAUGUUUAAUGGUGAUUAAUGAUGAUUGUUUAAUUAUUUAUUAUAAACAAUUAUUUAUUAAGAUUAAUGAUGAUUGUUUAACUAUUUAUUAUAAACAAUGUUUAUUAAGUUUAAAUUUUUUAAAAUGCGUCUAAAUUUUAAUGAUUUUAAUGAUUAUUAAAUAAACUUUUGAAAUUUUAAAAUAAACAUUCAAAAUGCGCUGAAUUUUUAAAAAAAAAAAUUAAAAAAAUAAAACUUUUGUCACGGACGGUUCCGUGACAAAAUAUGAAUUCAGUUUAUUUAAAAUACCCGAAACGCUGAAAAUAUCUGUGACAAAGGUUUUACAAAUUUAAAAAAAAAGGUUUUCGAAAUAGAGUGGGCGGGUAUUUGAAACGAGUUGCAAAAAUCAAAUUUUUAAUUUUGUCACAGACAUAUUCGUGACAAAAAGUUUUGAAAAAAAUUUGAAAAAUUUCGAAACAGGUGGGCGGUUACUUUAAAAAUUUCAAAAAAAAAUUCAAAAUUGUGAACUGGUCACGGAUCUAAUCCGUGACAAAACUUUUUUUAUAACGUUUUGGGUAAUUUAAAUAAACUGAAUUCAUAUUUUGUCACGGAAUCGUCCGUGACAAAAGUUUUAUUUUUUUAAAAAAAAAAUUAAAAAAUUCAGCGCAUUUUGAAUGUUUAUUUUAAAAUUUCAAAAGUUUAUUUAAUAACCAUUAAAAUCAUUAAAUUCUAGACGCAUUUUAAAAAAUUUAAACUUAAUAAACAUUGUUAAUAAUCAAUAGUUAAACAAUCAUCAUUAAUCUUAAUAAAUAAUUUUUUAUAAUAAAUAAUUAAACAAUCAUCAUUAAUCACCAUUAAACAUUAUUUAUUAUAAUAAAUAAUAAACCAAUCAAACCAUCAUUAUAUAACACAGAUAAUUGAUAUUCGUA